AUGGCUUCCGUCAGGCAACGAUUCUGGCCGCUAUCAUUGAGAUCUGCCACUCGCAAGAUAAUAGAAGAAUGCAUAGUUUGUUUUCGAGCAAAACCGCGAGGUUCCGAGGCUUUAAUGGGAUCGUUGCCCGCCGGGCGUGUUAACCCCUCUAGGCCAUUCGCGCAUUGUGGGGUGGAUUAUGCCGGACCGGUCAUUCUUCGCGAGGGAAGCAGACGCAACGCACGAAAUCAUAAGGCUAACAUAGCCAUUUUCGUGUGUUUCGCCACAAAGGCCGCGCACAUCGAGGUCGUAAGUGAUCUGACAACAGACUGUUUUCUCGGCGCUUUCAAGCGCUUCAUUGCGCGAAGAGGGAGGCCGACUCACAUGUACUCGGACAACGGGACCACUUUCGUCGGGGCAAAAAAGCAAAUUAAAGAAUUAUACGAAUUUCACAAUAAACAAGAAACGCAGGCCGAUUUCAAUCAAUUCUGUACUAACGAGGGCAUUACCUGGGGGUUUAUCCCGCCUAACGCUCCUCAUUUUGACGGUUUGUGGGAGGCAGCGAUAAAAUCCGCCAAGUACCACUUGUCUAGAAUCGUGGGCCAAGCCCAUUUAACGUAUGAGGAACUGCAGACCGUAUUGUCUGAAAUCGAAGCCGUACUAAAUUCGCGCCCUAUCACACCAUUGAGCGAGGACCCAAACGAUUUAUCUUAUUUAACUCCGGGUCACUUUCUGAUUGGCACAGCACUAAAUAGUUUUCCUUACAGAGAUCUCAGCGAAAUCAAUGAAAACAGGCUGCUACGCUGGCAGCGGGUAGAGCAGCUUAGACAGCAUUUUUGGCGCAGGUGGAGUAGCGAGUACUUAAGUUCGUUGCAGGAAAGAACGAAGUGGAGGCAGAAUUCGGGCAUCCAAUUACGUCCCAAUCAACUUGUGCUC